AUGAAGUCAGAACGGGUCUCACGAGCGGACCGAUUUCUAUUUAUAGGAUACAGUUUCGCAGCCAAGAAACUGCAGGCCCUGGGACAUGAUAAGCCUAGUUCCAGGCAUAAAAAGAGCAGUGUGAGAAAUUUCAAUACAACAACAACCAGCUUACCAAUCUCACGGGGCAAUCCCCGACAGAAAUUCCCCAUAAGUAAGCUAAAAACAAUCCUAGAGAAAAGCGGCCUUCAAUUGAAAGCUCACGAUCCAAUAUUUCACUUAGGGGAAAUUGCCAAAAUGAGUGAAGAUAAAAUGAGAAAUAAGGGGGGAGCUAGUAGAGGCGAUAACAUGUAUAAUGAAUAA